AUGUCGAAUCAACACCCUGGCCGCCCUCGUUCGCAGUUAUACGUGGAGAAAUUUCUGUUCGUCAAUUACGAUUCAACCAGCCCAAGCGGCUCUCUUGAUCACUCGCGAGUCCUCUCCCACGUCCGUCAAAACUAUCAUAAAUGGCGGCGAAAGCAAAGCGUCAAGCAUCUUCAAGAUCUCGCUAUCGCCCCUCACGCUGUUAAACAGAAAUUGCCACUUCCCAACUCCAAACGACGCGCUGUGCCAUCUGAGAGCAGUCGGGAUGUGCGAGGUCGUAUUACAAUUCCCACAAUGCCAAAAAGAGGCAACAAGACUCGCAGCAAAGGUUCCUGUUCUGAGACCGCGGUCGGGCCUCUUCUCUCGUCAUCGUCAAUCAAUCCGCUCAAGGGGAAUUCGGACCCUUUCAAUGCCUACCCGGUCAAAAUCAAUCCCGAAAUCAACGAGCUGAUUGCAUUCUAUCGAGACUAUCUUCUUCCCGCACAGUAUCAUGUUCCUUCGACUGCAUGGGUCAGCUCUGCAAAUGCGAGAUUGGACUGGACUAUCUGUAUAUCGACGCUCCAAGAACCAGCUUUGGCAAAGGCCUUUAUUGCCCGUUCCGCAACUGUUGCAGCCGUGCUCAACCCCGCGUUGCGGACACUGCCUAUGUGA